AUGGCACCCAAGCAAGAAGAAGUACAACAAGUCGCCGAAAUCCUGGUGAACAGCAUCUACAACGCCGGCAUCAAAACCGUCUUCGGCAUCCCAGGAGCAAAAGUUGACGCCGUUUUUGACCGUCUGAGUGACCACUCCGAGAUCAAACUCGUUGUAUGUCGACAUGAACAAAACGCCGCUUUCAUGGCGGCCGCUACAGGCCGCAUCACAGGACUCCCUGGCGUAUGUAUAGCUACUUCCGGCCCCGGAGCAGGCAAUUUGACCACGGGUUUAGUGACGGCGACGACGGAAGGAGAUCCAGUGGUGGCGAUUGUGGGUUCCGUGCCUAGAUUGAUGAGUACCAAGCACACCCACCAAAGCAUGCCCGCCCUCGAAAUCCUACGUCCAGCAUCCAAGAUGGCUAGCGGCGUAGACGUCGAAGACCAAGCCUCCGAAGUCCUCCUCUCCUGUUUCCGCGUGGCCAACACAAGCCCAAAAGGGAGCUGUGUCAUGUCGCUACCCAUGGACAUCGCAGGCGGCAAAUCCAAAAUUACCGCCUUCCCUCCCCAUGCCUUCAAAGCACCACUUUACGGGCCCGCACCCUCGCAGGAAAUCGCCAAAGUAGCCAAGAUGAUCUCAGAAGCCAAACUUCCCGUCCUUUUUCUCGGCCAACGAGCAAGCUCCGCCAUAGUCGUCUCCGCCGUACGAAACUUUCUGGCAAAACAUCCCAUAGCCGUAGUCGAGACCUUUCAAGCCGCCGGCGCCAUCCCAGAAGACCAAGCCGGCCGCGUCUUCUUCGGCCGAGUAGGCCUCUUCCGGAACCAAACAGGCGACAGGAUCUUACAGAAGUCCGAUUUAGUCAUAACACUAGGUUACGAUCCCAGCGAAUACGACGCCUUCGCCUGGAACCCCAAGGGCGACAUAAGCCUUGUGCACGUCGACUACACCUCCUGUGAUUACGGGGCGUACUAUCACCCCUCCACCGAACUCCUGGGUUCCGUUCGCGAGAAUAUUCUCGCGUUAAGUGAAAGCGUGACACACGUUUCCAACCCGGCCGAAGAUACCUUCUGCCAAGGCCUGAGCAAAGAGCUCGUGUCCUGGCGGCAGCAGCUGGAUACCUUCACUUCUGCAAAGGGGCUGGUGCAUCCAUUGCAUUUCAUCUCCCAGCUUCAGAAACGGGUAUCGAAGGACACCACUGUCUGCGUAGACGUAGGCACGGUUUACAUUUACAUGAUGCGCUACUUCUUCGCCUACGAACCGCGGAAACUGCUCUGCUCUAAUGGUCAACAAACUCUCGGUGUAGGAAUGCCGUGGGCCAUCGCCGCUUCCUUGGCUCAAGAGAAACCUUGUUCAGAGAAGGUGGUAUCGAUGUCGGGGGAUGGAGGGUUCAUGUUCUCCGUCCAAGAACUCAGCACGGCUGUGCAGCAAGGCUGCAACAUAACGCAUUUCAUCUGGAACGAUGAGGCGUUCAAUAUGGUGGAGUUUCAGGAGGAGAUGAAGUAUGGACGGUCAUCUGGUAUCAAAUUAGGCGGUGUUGAUUUCGCCAAGUUGGCUGAGGCGUUUGGUGGCAAAGGUUACAACAUCAAUGAUUCGUCCGAGUUGGAGAAGGUGAUGGAUGAGGCGCUUGCGCACAAGGGCGUGAGUUUGGUGAACGUACGCAUCGACUAUAGCCACGCUAAGGAGCUUGCGGGUGGGUUGAUUAAGGAUAGUGUGGGUUGA